GGGUGCUCCGGAGAACCCCGGAGGGCUCCCGUAUUGCUCGGGGUUCCGAGAGAGGAGCCUCUGAGGGUUCCCGGAGGUGAUGCAAAGUCUGAAGGGUCUUGGGCGGUGCCGGCCAGAGAAGCGGGCCGCCUGGGGAGAAUGGCUAAUCAGUCCUUAGGUGAUGCUGGGGGGACUCGCUGGCGGUGCGUGGGCCCCCGGGUGUCCAUUGACCUCAACAAGCCAAUUGACAAGCGGAUCUAUAAGGGCACCCAACCCACCUGCCACGACUUCAACCAGUUCACCGCGGCCACCGAGACCAUCUCCCUGCUGGUGGGCUUCUCAGCUGGCCAGGUGCAGUACCUGGACCUCAUCAAGAAGGACACCAGCAAGCUGUUCAAUGAGGAGCGCCUGAUCGACAAGACCAAGGUAACCUACCUGAAGUGGCUGCCGGAGUCAGAGAGCCUCUUCCUGGCGUCGCACGCCAGUGGCCACCUGUACCUGUACAACGUGAGCCACCCGUGCGCGUCGGCGCCUCCGCAGUACAGCCUGCUGAAGCAGGGCGAGGGCUUCGCCGUCUACGCCGCCAAGAGCAAGGCGCCCCGGAACCCACUGGCCAAGUGGGCGGUGGGCGAGGGGCCGCUCAACGAGUUCGCCUUCUCCCCCGAUGGCCGCCACCUGGCCUGCGUCAGCCAGGACGGCUGCCUGCGCGUCUUCCACUUCGACUCCAUGCUCCUGCGCGGCCUCAUGAAGAGCUACUUUGGGGGCCUGCUGUGCGUGUGCUGGAGCCCCGAUGGGCGCUACGUGGUGACCGGCGGGGAAGACGACCUGGUCACCGUGUGGUCCUUCGCCGAGGGCCGCGUGGUGGCCCGAGGCCACGGCCACAAGUCCUGGGUCAACGCCGUGGCCUUUGACCCGUACACCACGCGGGCGGAGGAGGAGCGGCGGGACCGCGGUGCCGACAAGGAGCACAAGCGCUACCACAGCCUGGGCAACAUCAGCCGCGGGGGCGGGGACAAGCCCAGCGGCCCCGCCCCGCGCAGCCGGCUGGACCCCGCCAAGGUGCUGGGCACGGCGCUGUGCCCGCGCAUCCACGAGGUGCCCCUGCUGGAGCCGUUGGUGUGCAAGAAGAUCGCGCAGGAGCGCCUGACGGUGCUGCUCUUCCUGGAGGACUGCAUCGUCACCGCCUGCCAGGAGGGCCUCAUCUGCACCUGGGCCCGGCCCGGCAAGGCGUUCCCAGACGAGACCGAGGCCCAGACAGGGGAAGGCAGUUGGCCCAGGUCACCCAGCAAGUCAGUGGUAGAGGGCAUCUCUUCCCAGCCUGGCAAUUCCCCAAGGGGGACAGUGGUGUGAGCAGUGGUCAACCCUGCACCCCUCAUCCACUUGGCUAUAGUGACCACCCUGCUGACCUUGCCGAUCAACGUAUUAACAAGACUAACCGUGAUGGAUGGAUUGCUUCACCACCCUUCGCCCACCCUGCACAAAUUUUGGGGGCAAAGGGUCCCCCAGACUGGCCCAGACAUGGGGUGGUGUAGCAGCCCAUGUGGCCUCAGCCUCAUCCCCACCCACUGCCAAGUAUGGUGACCCCUUCCUCCGAGACAUCAGUGUUACCCACGUUCCUGUCCCCAGCAUGUGACUGGUCACCCACAAGAGUGCCAGCUCUCUGCCAGGUGCCACUGCGUCCAGCGGGCAGGACCAGGGGGUGGCUGCCCCUUCCCCAGCCCCCACCUGCCCUUGGUGUUGUCUGUACACUUUCCAGAGAGUGUUAAAUUAUGGUCGCCCCUCAGGGCCUCCCUGCCCCCCAGGACCUCUUAUUUAUACUAAAAUUCUCAUUUUUAGAGUUCCA